CUUCGUCCAUGUACUGUUAUUCUUUCGUUGCCUCACAUUUCUUCUAUCCGCAAACUCCAACCACCUUCCUUUCAAAUAUUCGACAUAUCUUUGUUUGAUCUGCUCAUAGUUGCAUAACAUAGGGAAAAAAUAAGAACUCAGAAUUAUUUGAAGAUAUAAAAGAGAGAUAGAGAACUCACAGUGAUGGAUUCACCGAGGGCCCGUUUCGAAACCAUGAUCCGAGCAUUGGGGCUGAGCUGGGGGGUGACCGACGAUGGAAAAGGGGGGGUUCAUCAGCAAAAAACACUCCAACUCCCAAAUCAAAAUGAGUUUGAGGUGCGUGCCAAGUUGAAGAAGCUUGUGAUCAAGGUAGAUGUGCUUGAUGACAAGGUUAAGAAGAAGGCAGUGAAAACACUUGCAAAUGUUUCGGGGGUGGAAUCCGUCUCAGUGGACAUGAAUGAGAAAAAAAUGACGGUGAUAGGAGCAGACCGAGCAGUAGAUCCGGUAUAUAUGGUGAAAAAAUUGAGAAAAAUUUGUCGAGCAGAAAUAGUUUCCGUAGGACCAUUAAAAGAGCCUGAGAAGAAGAAAGAAAAACCCAAAAAGGAGGGAGAAAAGAAAGAAUUAGUGGAUUCUUCUACGUCUUCUCUGUUUUCUUCUUCUACGUCUUCCCGGUCUUCUUUUUCUUCAUCCUCUGAUUCUCGAGUGACGCACGACGUGUUCAUCAAUUUUAGUCCAAAAGACGAUAGCAAGAAUUUCGUUUCUCGUCUCAAUGUUGCCCUCGCAAAAGCCGGAAUCGAAAGUUACACCAACUAUCUUCACAAGGGAACCCACGGGUUGGGACUUGAAGAACUAUUGUUGGAAGACACUCAUAUAUCUAUCCUUGUUUUCUCACAAAACUACACUGAAUCUAAUUCGUGUCUUAACGAGCUGCAACAAAUCAUGAAAUGCCGCAGAACUCAUGGCCACAUGGUUAUGCCCGUGUUUUACGACGUUGAUCCAUCGGUUGUGCUUCAUCAACAGGGUGCUUUUGGAAAAAAAUUGCACGCAACUGCGGAAAAUAGAUACUUAGAUAGAGAAUUGAGGGAAAAUACGCUGUUGAGUUGGAAGAGUGCACUCACCCAAGCUGCUAGUUUGAUUGGUUGGGAUGCCACCAAUUACAGGAUUGAAGCUGAACUAAUGCAGCAAAUUGUUGGGGACAUUUCGAGAAAGCUAAAACGUGGAAUUCCAGGUGGAAUGGAGUUGCAUGUGCGAAAAGUAACUGAGUUAAUUGUAAAUCAAUCUAGCAAAGUUUCCUGGAUAGGGAUCUGGGGAAUGGGUGGAUCGGGGAAAACAACCACAGCCAAAGCCAUCUACAACCGACUUCAGGACAAAUUUUUGAAUACAAGUUUCAUAGAAAAUGUUAAAAAAGUUUGUGAAUUGGAAAAUAGCGGGAUUAUUCAUUUACAACAACAACUUCUUUCUGAUAUUUUGAAAACAAAUAUGAUGAUACGUAGCAUUGCAGAGGGGGAAAUGAUGAUCAGUGAAAGAUUUCAGGGGAAAAAGGUACUUGUUGUCCUUGAUGAUGUGACCACAUUUGAUCAGUUAAAAGCACUAUGUGCAAAUCGUAAUUUGUUAGGUCCAGGAAGUGUAAUAAUUGUUACGACUAGAGAUGUACAGCUACUUAGGUUAUCUAUGGUUGAUUAUGUGUAUAUAAUGGAGGAAAUGGACGAAAAUGAGUCCCUUGAGCUUUUCAGUUGGUAUGCUUUUAGACAACCUAGUCCAAUAAAAGACUUCAAUGAACUCUCAAGGAAUGUAAUUGCUUAUUGCAUAGAAUUACCACUGGUUCUUGAAGUCCUUGGUUCUUACUUAUUUGCUAAGACAAAACAAGAAUGGUUAAGUGUACUAUCAAAGUUAGAGAGAAUUCCCAAAUAUCAAGUGCAUGAGAAGCUGAGAAUAAGCUAUGAUGGUUUAGAGGAUAUUAUGGUGAAGGAUAUAUUUCUCGACAUAUGUUGUUUCUUUAUUGGUAAGGACAGAGACUAUGUCACAGACAUACUAAAUGGCUGUGGACUUUAUGCUGAUGUUGGAAUAGCUGUCCUCAUAGAGCGAAGGCUUGUAAAAAUUGAGAAGAAUAACAAGCUCGGAAUGCAUGAUUUAAUUAGAGACAUGGGAAGAGAAAUUGUUCGCAAAAGUUCAACAGAAGAACCUGGGAAGCGUAGUCGAUUGUGGAUUCAUGACGACGUAGAUGAUGUUUUGACAAAAUAUACUGGAACAGAAACUGUAAAGGGGUUGGUUUUGAAGUCGCAAGGAACUGGCAGAGUUUCCUUCAAUACUAAUUCUUUCAAGGAGAUGAAGAAACUCAGACUUCUACAACUCGACCGUGUUGACCUCACGGGAGAUUAUGGGAACCUUUCUAAAGAACUGAAAUGGGUCCAUUGGCAAGGAUUUACCUGCAACUUUAUACCUGAUGACUUUCAUCAAGAAAAUCUAGUUGUGUUUGAAUUAAAACACAGCAAUAUUAAACAAGUAUGGAAUGAAACCAAGGUGCUGGUGAAUCUAAAAAUUCUCAAUAUCAGUCAUUCAAGAUACUUGAAAAGCACCCCGGACUUUUCAAAAUUGCCAUAUCUUGAAAAGCUCAUUAUGAAGGAUUGUCCAUGUUUGUCCGAAAUACACCCAUCCAUUGGAGAUCUCAAUAAUCUUCUUCUGAUAAAUUUGAAGGACUGUACAGGUCUUAACAAUCUCCCAAAGAAGAUCUAUCAACUGAAAUCUUUGAAAACUCUCAUCCUUUCUGGUUGUUUGAAGAUUGACAAGUUGGAAGAAGACAUAAAGCAGAUGGAAUCCUUGACAACACUGAUUGCAAAAAAUACAGCUAUUAAAGAAGUUCCCUUUUCAAUAGUGUUGGUGAAUCUAAAAAUUCUCAAUCUCAGUCAUUCAAGAUACUUGAAAAGCUCCCCAGACUUUUCAAAAUUACCCAAUCUUGAAAAGCUCAUCAUGAAGGAUUGUCCAUGUUUGUCCGAGAUACACCCAUCAAUUGGAGAUCUCAAUAAUCUUCAUCUGAUAAAUUUGAAGGACUGUACAGGUCUUGGCAAUCUUUCAGAGAAGAUCUUUCAGCAGAAAUCUUUGAUAACUCUCAACCUUUCUGGUUGUUUGAAGAUUGACGAGAAACAUGCUGAUGAGAAAAACGUUUCGAAGAAUGAUGUUGAUGCCAAGUCCAAAGGUGGUUCCUCGAGGUGUGAUAAUCAAAGGGAUGUGGAUGAAGCAUGUAAAAGACAUGUGGAAAUUCUAAAUCAAUCUGAUGAGAAAGGGGCUUUGGUGAAUAAUGUUGAUGUCAACAGAAGGAUGGUCGAGCAAAUUCCAUAUGCUGUUGCUGAAAGCCUCUUUAACAGGUUGGCUUCUACAACUUUUCGUGAACAUGGACGGAUUUAUAGUGUUAUGGAUGAGUUGGAAAGAUUUAAGAAUAAUGUUGAAUCCAUAAGAGCUGUGCUCCCUGAUGCCCAGAAGAAACAGGAACAAGAUUGUGCUGUACAAAAUUGGAUAACAAGCCUCAAGGAUGUGCUUCAUCUUGCAGAUGACUUGCUUGAUAAAUUUAUUAUUGAAGGUAUGAGAUACAAAGAGGAUGCAAGUGAUAAGAACCAACUGACAUGGGGUCAUUCAUCAAGCCAUAAUUUUCUACACCAAAAAGUGGCUCCUGAAAUUGAAAAAAUACAAAAAAAGUUUGACGAUGUGCUAGAAGAAAUGGAUAGGUUGAAAUUAAGCCCAAAAGCUACGGUGGUUAAGCAAACUGACAGUUUAAGGAGCAAAUCUAUUUCUUUUUUGUUAGAAAAUGAUAUCACUGGCAGAGAUGAUGACAAAGAGGAGAUUAUAAAUCUCUUGAGGCAACCACAUGGAAAUAUCUCGUCAAUUGCCAUUGGAGGUAUUGGAGGUAUAGGCAAGACAACUCUUGCUCAACUUGUAUUUAAUGAUGUGGAAGUGCAAAAUCAUUUUGAAAAGCGAAUGUGGGUAUGUGCAUCAAAUCACUUUGAUGUCAAGACUAUUGUGAAAAAAAUGCUGGAGUCAUUAAUCGAUAGCAAAAUUGAUGCUAAGUUAUCAUUUGAAUACAUACAGCAUAAACUUCGUGAAAAUUUAACCGGUGAAAGGUACUUGUUAGUCUUGGAUGACAUUUGCAAUGGUAGCCAUGAAAAUUGGACUCAAUUGAGAACUUAUCUAAUGUGUGGUUCUAAAGAUAGUAAGGUUUUAAUGACAACUCGCAGUAAAAAUUUGUCAGAGAUACCAAAAGCAAGCAACCUCUGGGUUUUGAAUGGUUUGACUCUAGAUGUAUCUUGGAAUAUGUUAAAGAAAAUUACAAUUGGGAAAGAUACCAGUGUAGUGAAUAAAAAAUUUGAAUCAAUUGGUAAAAGAAUUGCAAAUAAGUGCAGGGGAGUUCCACUAGCAAUUAGAGCACUGGGAGGCCUAUUACAGAGUAAAAGUGAAGAAAGGGAAUGGAUCAAUGUCUUACAAGGCGACUUCUGGAAAUUAUGUGAAGACAAAGAAUGCAUCAUGCCAAUUCUGAAAUUGAGUUACCAGAGUUUGUCGCUUCGGUUGAGACAAUGUUUUGCUUAUUGCGCUUUAUAUCCUAAGGAUUGGGAAAUCAAGAAGGAUUUGUUGAUUCAACUUUGGAUGGCACAGGGCUAUCUUGACUACACAGAUGAAAAAACACUCAUGGAAGAUGUCGGUAACGAAUUUGUGAAGAUUUUCUUGAUGAAGUCAUUUUUCCAAGAUGCAAAAGUGGGAGAAGAUGGUGAUAUAGUUAGUUUUAAAAUGCAUGAUCUAAUGCAUGAUCUUGCAACACAAGUAGUUGGAAAUGAUUGUUGUUAUUUGGAUAGGGAGACAAAGAUAUGGGUACAAAGACCCAUACACGUAUCGUUGGAGCCCAAUGCAGUCCAUUUGUUGGACUCAUUAGAUGCAAGCAGACUGCGAACUUUGAUUUUGCUGUCUUCCAACGAGGAGGAGGAAUUGAAUGGGGAUGAAUUGUUGGUUAUUUCUAAAUUCAAACACUUACGUGUCUUGAAGCUGUCACAUUGUUCUUUAAGCAAGUUGUCUACUUCAAUUGGAAAAUUGAAACAUUUAAGAUAUCUUAACUUAUCACACUGUAGAGGACUAGGAAGUCUUUACAAAUCCAUUAGCAGUCUUGUUUUGUUACAAACACUGAUAUUGACACCUAAGGAAAAAUUUGAGUUUUCUACGGAGGUUGUAUCAAAAUUAAUCAAUUUAAGACACCUUCACAUCUCUAAUUGGGAAGCCUCCAGAGACGAGAGACCAUCUGAAUUUGUAAAAUUAAGCAUUUGGAAAUAUGAGGGUAUGGUUUUUUCAAAAUGGCUUUCUCCACUCACAAAUAUUGUUGAAAUAUCUUUCUUUUUGUGUGGAAGUCUCCAGCAUCUCCCACCGUUGGAACAUCUCCCAUUUCUUAAGUCCCUUCAUAUAAGUUUCCUUGAAGAACUGGAGUACAUAUAUUAUGAACAACAAGAUUUUACUUCAGCAUUCUUUCCAUCUUUAGAGAGCCUCACUUUGCAGUUUUGUGACAAGUUGAGGGGAUGGUGGAGGAUGGGAGACGAUUUCAAUAAUACUACCUGUUCACUAAAUCUCUCCUUGCCUCCCUUUCCUCGUCUCUCUCAAUUAUCAAUCAUAGGAUGUCGGAUCUUGACUUUCAUGCCUGCCUUUCCAAAUCUUGAGAACAGAUUGGAAUUGUACAAUAGUAGUGUUGAAACCUUGGUAGCAACACUGAGCACAGUAGCAUUAGAAAGUUUGAAUGACUUCCCUCCUCUCUCCAUGCUCAAAUCCUUGCACAUUGACGGAGUGAACCUGGAUGUGAAAAGAAUCCCAGCGGAUUGGAUGCAAAAUCUUACUUCUCUCCAGCUUCUUCAAAUUAAUUGGUUUUCUUGUGAAGCAUUUCAGGAAAUCGAAACUUGGUUUAAGGAUGACCUCAAGUGUCUUCCUUCUCUACAAACAAUUACCUUUCAUAAUUGCGAAGACCUAGAGGCAUUGCCAGAUUGGAUAUGCAACUUCUCAUCGCUUCAGCAUCUUAGGGUGUAUGAUUGCAUAAAUUUGGUAUCCCUGCCUGAAGGAAUGCCCUGUCUAACCAACUUACAGACCCUAGAAAUCAUUGGGUGUCCCCUCUUAGAUGAAGAAUGCCAGGCAAAAACAGAUGAAACUUGGCCCAAAAUUCGUCAUGUGCCAAUGAUAAUCUUAUCAUCUCUUCAUUAGAAAGUUAUUUGUUAGCAUAGGCGGGAGACACUUUUUAUUCUUUUGUCGGAACAAAGCAGUACAUCAGAGCUUUCUACAUGAUUCUUGAUGUUCCCUGUUCGCUUCGUCUUCUCCUCUGCCUUCACUAACUAUUUCCCGGCAAUUCCAUCUGUUUCCCGUCUUCAACUUCUCUAAUUAAAUGCAUUGCUUCUUUACAAGGAUGAAUCAGAAAUCCAACAGUGGUUGCUCAUUGAGACUUUCAUAGUACUGUCGGUUGCUUUGCUGAUUUGGGGAUUUUUUUUUUUUGAAAACUUGGUAUCCGGCCUCUGCUGAUUUGGGGAUUACAGUUGGGUUGAUAUUAUAUGCUUUGAAUAGUGUGGGAUCUAAGCUGCUGCUGGAGAAUCCCUUCGUGCGAGAAGCUAAUUAGGAUCUCAACAAGCAAUCUCUAUUUUGGUGGAAAACUACUAAAAGGGUAAACAAUCUUGGGUCAUGUGCUCUUUUCUCUUUACUUUGGAGUUUGUGUGGUUGUAAUCUCUUAUCAAUUUUUUUGGAGAUGAAUUGUGCUCACCGGUGGAAUCUGCUUACAGGAAUCUCAAAGAAUAAUUUGUUAUUGCAUCUCUUUGCAUGUAAUAACGUCUCAAUUGCUGUUGGUUGAUGAAGUAGUCAAGUUAGAUAUAUUUUUCAAAGGUGUGAAGCUUCUUUCAAAAUUGAGUGUGCCAUGGAAUUCUUUAGUUCCUCAAUGUCAGAAAUCUGACUUGUCUAUUCGCAGACCUCGCUGUAGGUUCUCUUAGCGUCUUUCGAAUAAGAUUCACAAAACAGGAGAAAAAAUUAGUCGAGGUGGUGUAGACAGAACUAAGGUAAAAAAGGAAGGGUUCAACAUGAGUAGUUGAUUGUGCUAAGCCAGUGGAAGACUAGUUUGCGGACAUUUCUUCUCUUAGAAGUUUCUUCAAGAGAGGAUUAAGGUCAGUCUUAAGGCCCUUGCUCUUGGUGAUUUUGCUACUGUUACCCUUGUCAAAUCCAAGAAUACUGUUACCUUUGACAGUAACUUUUCCAAGCCAUAUUUGAAAUAUUUGACAAAGUACUUGAAGAAACACUAUGUAAGAGACCGACUGAUAAGUGCCCA